GUCAGCUGAUGAAUGAGUAAUGGAAUCUCCCAACUGACAAAUGACAGUAAUCGGGACUUGUUUGAACUUGUUUUUAAGUUAAAAGAAAACAAUGGUUUUAGUUAUAGUGUUUACGGAACAUUUUUUGCAAUUUUAAUUUAGUGAUUUAUGUAUAGUUUAACGAAUGUUGUUGGUUAUUAUCGGKGCUAAACUUUACUCAUAUCAUGGCGUACGUAAAUGUGAAGGACUGGUCGGUGGAGCAAGUUAUGUACUGGUUAAAAGGAUUGGACAAUGUGAUACUCCAAUAUCAGGCUGUUUUUCUGAAUAAUGGUGUUAAAGGACAUCAACUGUUAAACUUUCGAGCCGAUGAUCUUGACAAUCUUGGAAUAAAAAAGUUGGGGCACCAAGAGAUCAUUUUAGAGGCUGUCGAACAUUUAAGACAUUUUCAUUAUGAAUUGGACAAAGAAAACUUGCAAAUGUUGGCCCUUAAACUGUCUUGUACUGCCAACUCCCUCUACAAGGAACUACUUUUAAUCGACGAAAAGUGUGAUUCUCUCAAAACACAAGUUAUGUCCGAUGUUCAUAAUAUCAUUGCAGCUGCAAAACCCUUGGUGUUAUGGCUAGAUAGAGCACCGUUUACUGGAGACAAAGACUACAUAGAUAGCAAGAGGGACUUGCUGAGUUUAAGUUUUGAAAUGGCUUAUAUAGCGCACAGAGGAGUUUUCUCUGAGAAUCCUGUUCCUACAAUCAAAAAGAUUUGUGAUAAAUUUGCCAAGAUUGCAGAUCAUAUUAUUCAAGAAGUUUGUGAUCCAAUGAUUCUGCAACCUGCGUCUUUAGAUUUAGCAAAAUUAAAGAAAAAAGAACAAGAAUUAGGAUUUUAUAUCAUGCCAAAUUAUCAUCCAAUUCAUCAGAUUGUUGAUAUUAAGUUUGGAUCACCUGCACAUGGUAGCAGCAAAAUUGAAGAAGGAGAUGAAAUAGUUCAAGUAAACUAUCAAACUGUGGUGGGUUGGCAAGCAAAGAAGGUAAUGCUUUUACUACAGGAAGUAUCGCCAGAAAUAGUAUUGACACUUAAAAAGAGACCACGACAUUCGAAAGUGUAUGGUCAAAUCUACAUGAAACCUUACAGGUUACCGAGUAGGAAACGAAGCACCGAGCAAUGGUCUAAAUGGACUGAGAACUUGCCGUCACCUAGAUUGCUGCCUAUGGAUUUACCUCAUAUUAAAAUUAUACAAUCUGAAGAAGAAAUUCACAAUGUUGAAGCCGAAUUAAGCAGCAGUGAUAGUGAACCACCGGACAGUCCCUUAGAAGGAAACUUCCGAAUGUACCCUGUCAAGCCUAGACCUAUUUUGCAAAGAAGAAAUACUAUUACUGGUACUACCCCCACUAACAAAAGACCGACUACUUCUAUUGAAGAGUAUUGGGAUCUUCUGCAAUCCAGACCUAACGACAAUCACGCGUCCAGCUCCUAUCAUAUCGAUAUCAGUAAGUUUGGCGAAGAUCCGGCUUUUCUGCGUGAUAAGAGCGUAUCUUGCAACGUAGGACUAGAUUCUAGUCCUAGACCUACUACCGUAAUAGGUUUAGCUCAUAGUCACAGCAGAAAGAAAAGUUUUAAAGAGAGUUUCAAAAGCAAAGAUAGAGACUUAACAAAUAAAUUCAGUACAAGAAAGAAAGUCAACUUUGAAGAAGAAAAUCAAGAAAUGAAAACCCGAGCAGAUAAUUGCGCAAAAAUGUUGAACAAGGUUGAUCUGUUGGAUGGCAAAUUGCAGCAAACCAAUUUGAAUGAAGAGAAAAGUGUGAGUGUCAAUAGCUUAUCAAGCGUCGCAGCAGACAACAUUAGUUUUAUCGAUGAAGGAAAGGAUCUAACUGAUCGUAGCAAUAUGGUAUCUGAUUUAGUGAAAGAAUCAUCAAUUACGGAUGGCUUUUUAAAGAGCACUAAAGAAACCACGAAAUCCAGCCUUUCUAGCCUUAAAGAUCCAACCCUAGCUGAAAUAGAUGUUCAUAGCAUGAUUAAGAAAUUUGAUGAAUCCAAUAAGAUGUCAUUGCCUAAACCAAAAGUGAUGCCUAGAACUCAACUGAAAAAGUCUUUCGAGUCACCACAUAAAUCAGAAACUCGUAAACCGCUGGUUCCACCAAGAAGUUUAACGACCAAACUUAGGGGUCGUUUAGAUAAGAGUCACAGCACGCCUGCAUAUGAUCUUACAGAAGAUGAUAACAAACUCGAAUCGUCACCAAUUAAACCUGAGAUAUAUACCAUUGCCAAACUUCCAGAUGUAGUUCCCAAAAUACCAGAGACAAUCACAGAAAUCUCAAGCGCUAUUACAGCGAAAUAUAAUGCGGAGUUCUUGCCAAAAAGUGUUUCAAAUUCCACUACUUCAGAUGCAAAUAUCAUAAAAGAUCAAAACGAUUUAACAUCGAACAUUUCUGAGGUUUUACCAACUACAAUUCAGGAAAAAUCCGAAAUAACAAAUGAUGAACUUUUGAAUCAGUUAAGUGAGGAUAUUGAAUCCAGUAAAGAUGUUACAGUGGCUGCAGACCUGGCAGCAGAAGUUAGUGUGGAAGAGCUACCUCCAAAACCGCCACCAAGAAAAUCUUUUGAUACUUCAAAACCAGCUUAUCCAGCAGACAGUCCAAAACCAACCAUUUUGCCUGAAACUCCAAAAGGGCUUCAAGGAAGUUCUAUUAAAAAAACUUUUGAGUUCCCUGACACCAGCGCAGAUUCAAACAAGAUGGGUAGUACUCAAAGCAUAAAAUCUAUCGACUCCAACGAUUACUUGGUGCCAGUUCAGAUAAAACAUGUUGAUCAGCAUUUGUUUGAUCCUGAUAUUUCGUCAACUCCAUUACAAAAAUAUAAGAUGGAUCACAGUGAAACUGAAAGCAGCAUUUACAAGUCUGGUGUGAGUUAUGAUGUUCAUAAACUUUCUAAAGAAAGCAAAGUAUCUCCUACAAAUAGCAUAGUGAAAGCAAUGAUAAAUAAAGGAAAAUCUGCCAAAAAGAAGAGUAAUUUGAGCGCAAAGCGAAGAAAAGUUACCGUAAAUGAUUUAAGUCCAGCAGAUAUUCAAGGAUACUUGUAUCAGAGAUUACGGAACAGACAAACACAAAAUGUGCAUUGGGAACGAAGGUGGUUUGUCCUUUUGGGAAGCUGCCUGUAUGGGUUUAAAAACAAGGACGAUCCUCGGGCAGCCACUCUUAUUUUCCUGCAUGACUUUACAGUGGCAGUUGCGAGUGAGGUAAAAUCUCGCUCGAACGCAUUCAAAGUAUAUCAUACGGGAACAGUUUUCUAUUUUUCUACCGAAGAUUCUGAGGCACUCCAAACUUGGCUUGAUUUGAUCCGGACUGCUUGUUUGCCAUACGAGUCGGGUUCUAAAGUUGUUGGAGGAAGACCGUAUUCAGAAACCGAUGAUUCUGAUUCGGAUAAAUCUAGAGUACGAGAACAAGAAAAGUCGGAGCCUUUAAAAAAAUUUGGAUCUUUGAAAAAACUUGGCUUGAAAAAGAAUCCAGAUGUUGGUCAUACUGGAAGCACCAGUUUAGAUAGAAAGUGGUUCUUUAACAAGUCUAGUGGGAAUUCCAAAAGUAAUGUACCUGUACCAACGGCGCAAUUUAGGUCCUACAGUUUUUUUUCCAGAAAAAUACGUAACGAACCUACUCAUGCUAGUGUCCGAACUGGCAAUUUCACAUCUCAUGUGCCCAUGUUUGGUCCAUCAAAUCUCACUCAAGCACAGAACAGUAGCGUUCCAAAUCUCACAGUGGAGCAAAUUAUUCGAACAUCAAUUGAUAGUCCGAAAAUCCAGUUGAAACCAACUGGCUACAUACAUGCAAGUAAUCCAAGUCUAGCCAGCAGCCUAAAUAUCAGUGAAUGUGGUUCAAGCAGUAAAUUAGCUAAAGAUAAAAACGACAGCGAUAGUUUGAGUGGUUUCGUUACAUUGAAAGAAUUAAUGAUGAGACAAUCUGAGGAAAGCCGGAACAAUCCUCAUCACGAAAUUGAACAAAUGCAGAUUAAUUUAAACAUGAUUAAGUCUGAUGUUGUUUACGGUGAAGUACCAAUAAGACCAACUUCGAAAUUAUCCACUUCUGACGAGUACUCGGAAGUUUUCUCAACACCGCCGUUAAGCCGAUCCGUUUCACAAUCUGAAAAGCACGAAUCUACCAGUUCUUGUUUCGGUAAACGACUUGGUUCCUUAAAAAGAAAUCAGAAGCACGAAAAUGUAGACCCUAAAACGGCCACUUAUCCCAAGAUUUUGAAAGGGCUUGAAAGCAAGUCGAAUCGAAGUUUGCCUAGGACUCUAAAAAUGCAGGAAACUACAAGGGAAUGUGAAGAAUAUACUAUGUCGAAAAUUCAUUGCGCAUCAGAUAAAAAUAUUCUAUCAAGUUUUGCUAAAAAGUCGUAUGAAAUGAUUUACUGUCCCGAAACAGUAAACGAAAUUCAGUUUGCUCAAAAUCGUGUUUUGGAUGACGGAAUGAGCUCUGAAACUGCCAAAAAAUCGUGUAAGAUGAAGCGCCAGCCGAGUUUUGGACUAUCGGAGAAGCAAAGCUCAAAAUCUUUACCUGGAUUUACUAGUAAAGUUGGUGACUCUUCAAGGGGUCGCUUAAAACCAGCUUUUCAAUAUACACCAGUAACUGUGCCAAUAAACCGAGAAAGCAAAUCGAUGCCAAGGUUUACAUUUGAGUUGAAUUUGGACGAGAAGCAAUCAAAAAGUGGCGGAAAAUUGACGAAGAUCUUUAGUGGAAAAUCCGAGAAAAAGGAAAAAACAUUUUUAGGCUCGCCCAAGUUGCACAGAGCUCUUUUUAGAAAACAACAUUCUGUACCUGAGUCUGGAUGGAGGCCAACGGCACAACCAAUGUUUGAGAUUCCAAGUUCCGCAUCCCGUGAUUAUCAAGCACAUUCAGCAGUGCAACAGAGUCAUUCGGUUUCUCUCAAACAGCAUGUGGACUACCCAGGACUCGAAUAUCCUCCGGUGUUUGAGCCGGAAACAUAUUCCUUAGCGGAUCCACAAAGCAGUCUCAAUUUGUUACGCGGGAAACAUAAAAAAGAAUGUAACGAUGAUGAAAAAACCUCUGAUAAGGACAAUAAUUAAUGCUGUUAAUACUUCUAGAUAUAUAAAAUAACUUGGUAGUUGAAAAGCAAUUCGUUUGAACACGCUGAGUGUCGCAUUGGCAUCAUUAUUUUGUUUUGCGAUGUAUGUUGGUAUGAUUUUUAAUAUGUCAAAAGUAUGUUACUGAUAGCGAUUAUGGUAUUGCUAUAACGAUUACUUACUAACUUAAGGACUCGUUUUUAUCACUUUAAUUAUAAGCGGAAGUAAAAUAUCGCUAAUCGGUUUGUUUCCUCAUAAACGGUAUAUUGACAUAUUUAAACAUUUAAUUUUUGAUAUACUGUUUGGGUUCCAAACGCUUUACCAAUUUAAGAAAAUUUUAUACUAAAACGAAAACAAAGCCGUAAACAUGAAAAAUAUGUACGUUUAAAGAUAUAUACUUAUAGUCCGAUUAGAUUUUUUCUAGGCACUAAAUGGAUGAAAGUAAAAGAUUAUUGGAACUUGUUCGGAAGGAUGGCCAAUAUUCUGAGGACAAUACUUUGCACGCAAUUACCGCUUGUGAGACAUUGUUCAAAUAAUCCAGAAAAGUGCAGAAAACCGUUUUUUGCGCAUUACUUUUGAACCGUUGAUGCAAUUUAAGUUUAAUAUUUUUUAAGCAUUAAAAAUACCUACAAAAUAAGAUUAACCCUAUAACUAUUAACAAUAACUAACUAAAUUAAAAUCCGUAAAAAGCGGCUAAACUGAUUAAAAUUAAAAGAUUAAGUUGAAAAUCAGGAAUUUUUUAGGUUGAAAGUUAAGUUAAAUUAUUUUCAGAUUAAAUUUCCACAUCGAUUACUUAAUUGCUAUGAUUUUAUGCGUUUAAUGAUUGCUGAUAGCAAAUUAAGUAAUCGAUGUGGAAAUUUUAUCUGAAGCUAACUUGCUUUUAAACUUUUAACGUAAGAAAUUCCUGAUUUUUAACUUGUCAAUGUUACAAAGAUCUUCCAAAAAAGUUAUAGUACGAUUUUUUAGAAGCAAAACAAUUAAUUAUAGACAAUUUAAAAAACGCAAAAACU